CCUCACUGAUGUCAUAAUUAGCACCUUUAUGAAUGCUUCGUUCUUAUUUGUGCAACCGGGUUCCAGGGUGGGCUUCAGGGCGCACCUCCUGUCAAGCUGGCUCGCUACCACUAGCCUUGAAUCAACGAAGCUGCACAAUGCGGGCACUCGUCGCAAAAAAACUCACUGAAAGCACUCCAAGCCGACCUAAAUUUGCGCUUCAAGCGCACAUCACGGGCGGAAUCCGGAAACUGGACCAGAUGGAUUUGGAGCUCGCAGUGAAGGGUGAACCUUCCGAUGGUUUCUUAUGGGUCGUCAAAGCCCCAGACGGCCGCACCGACCUGUACCUCGACGCUGGCAUUGCUGUGGCGAGCAUCCAGUCGUGGGCAAAGCUGCGCUGCCGGAAAUUCGGUUUAAUGAAGACGAGCGCAUUGCCGACACUGUGGAUAUCGGGGCUAAUCAAGACCGGCAAGUCCUACACGCUGCGCGAGGUGGUGCCGGCGGUGCUGGCCGAAACGCUGCGCCAGCAACCGCCAGGCCACCCCCUGGAGGGCAUGGCAGUGCUGCAGCUGAACGGCGUGGCGCUGACACGCCAGGCCGGCGCCACCGGAGUCCUGUACGACAUGCUGCUGGCGGUGGUGGACUGGGCGACACGGGCGGGGGUGCCGGUGGAGGAGGGCACAUGGCGCUGGGUGCGCCAGGUCCUGGACAGCGGCCCGGACGCGCCGGGCGCGCAGACACGGGCGGGCAGGGCCGUGGUGGAGAUGUUCACGAGCGGCUUCCAGGCGCCCGUGCUGGUGCUGCUGGACGAGGUGCAGGCCCUGCUGCAGCCCACAGACGCGCGCGGCGACCUGGACGCCUCGGGCGCGGCCUUCAUUCGCGACGGCGUGCUGCGCCAGGUCCUGGUGAACAGCGCUGACCACGUGCUGUGGGCCGUCACCGGCAGCAGCAUGUCGGCGGCCUGGGGGGCGCUGGCGGCCAUGCCAGUGAACGGCACUGCACCGCUGAUGCAGACCUGGCCGGUGCACCUGCCGUCAGCCUUCCCUCCCGCCCUGAUGCAUGAGCUGGCCAACGACAUGGCUCAGCGGCAUAUGCGCGAGCAGGGCCAGGACACCCACACAGGCGUCGAUGGCGACGACAUGGAGCGGCUGCUGGAGUGGAGCGAGGGUUCGCCAGCGCUGUUCGCGACGAUGUUGGAGGCUUGGCUGGCACGCAGCUCGAUGCCCGAGAACGCGCUGGUGGACGUGGGCAUGUUUGUGUCCUGGUUCAUGCAGACAAAGAUGCUGGAGGAGGGCCUGAAAGAGUGGAAGCUGGGCCUGGCGGGUCUGACGGACGCGCAGCGCGGCGACGUGCUGGACCUGGCGUCCCCGACGCUCGGGGUGCAGGUGGACGACUUGAUGGACAUGGGCCUAUGGCGCUUCCUGCAGCCACACCUGCUACAGACCCAGCAGGGGGCGCGCUACUACCUCAAGAACGCCAGCCAGCGGCAGCUCCUGAGGGCUAUCAUAGACCGUGGCGGCAAGCUGCGCACGAACUGGACUGGCAUCAGUGGGGGCCUGACGCUGAUCCAGCUGGACUGGGGCUGGCUGCUGGUGCAGCUGGGCGAGGUGGCGGACUACCUGCUCGGACUGCGGCCCAGGCGCAAGGGCGCUGUCCCCGAGCGCAUCAGCGGUGUUGAUCAGUUCACAGUCAUGCUGCAGAGCCUGGCGGAGAAGAUUGGGGCGCAGCUGCCUGUGGUCGCGGCUGGGGAGUCGGACAACACCACCGGCAGCCUGGCCAGCCGCUGGGAGGCGCUGGGCGCUUUCUCUCAGGCGCUUCGCUCGCCUGCCAACACGGCGGCCUGUCACUGGUACGAGAGCGAGGGGAGGGCGAAGAAGAAACUGCAAUGCAACCUCGACUUCCUAGUGUUCUUCCUAUGGCUCUGCCGCAACGUGCUGGCGCACCAGAAGCCGUGGGACGGGCCGGCGGUAAUGGUUGUGGUGAUGGCGCUGCCGCGCCUGCUGGGCAUGCCCGCGGGGGAGCUGGCGGAGGUCGUACGCUGCGGCAUGGGUGGCCUGGCGCCCGCCACCAUCAAGGAGGCCAAGGCCGCGGCGGACCAGGACCAAGACGGCGACGGUGGGCAGGGCAACAGCAGUGGCGCCGGUGGUGGCAUGUCCUGCUAUUGAGGCAUUGUUAUGUUUUGGUGGUCCACAGAGCCACAGAGUGUGGUGCAGCCGUCCAUAUUGACCCAUUGCCAACAAGAAAACCUGUCUCUUCAGUAGUUGCACUUUUUUGAGUACAUGGGGAAAAUUCGAGAAGUGCCUUCGCACGUCCAUGGCCAAUUGACUUUCGCGAGGUUGCCCAAAAAGCAAGCCAUGGCUUUGCGCAGUAUAACUUCUGUACAUAGUAAAUGUGCUACAAAGACACAGCAGACGGCGAGCCGUCAUAAAGAGCCUGUCACCGUUGUCCAUUUCUGUAGCGGCUCGCUCUCACACCUCUUU